CUUAUUGUUGUAAAAUAAAGGGAAUUUCGCAUCGUCUGCUAUACAUGCAACGCGCAGGCUCGCCCAAAAUGGCUACCGUAUCGUGUUUGUUAUGGAGGGCCGUCCGAGGCACAGGGCCGCGUAGGCGAUCGAUACGCCUGGCAAAUGCCAUGGUGCGUGUGACGGGACGUGAUAUUGUCAUAUUUACCUGGCGAAAUUAGUGAUACAUUUGGUGAAAGCUAUCGUAGGUACCUUUAUCCUGGUGAAAUUAGUUCCUCGGUAACAACUGUGAGAUGGCCAUAGGACGGUCGACGGCGGUCCUCCCGCAGACGCAGGCUUAAAGCAAGACAAGCAACGGUGAUGUAGAAGGAAGGUCACAGAAAAAGUCCAGUACAUACAUAACAGGGAAUUGCAAUAAUCGGGACUGUACGAACCAGCUGUGAUCAAUUAUUCAAGGAUGGUAUCGCUGCCCAGUGCAGAAUCUGGAGCCCUGGACCGAAUGGACCGGCUUUCAGAUGACGACGAUGACGAGCCGACCAGUGGGUCGGAAACUUAUGAGGAAGGGGAUCUUCUCUCGUCUGCAAUGGAUGACGAAGUUACCGCACAGCUCGCCGCAGCAGGUUGGCAAAACAAACACGCUAAUGGGCCUGUCGGGGUUGCUGCAGCCGCUGCCAUUGUUUCCGCCAAAAAGCGGAAACGUCCUCACAGUUUCGAAACUAAUCCCAGUAUUCGAAAACGGCAGCAGAAUAGGCUCUUGAGAAAACUCAGACAAACGAUUGAUGAAUUUGCAACACGCGUUGGCCAACAGGCCGUUGUCCUUGUAGCAACACCGGGUAAGCCCAAUAGCAGCUACAAGGUGUUCGGAGCAAAACCAUUGGAAGAUGUUGUGAAAAACUUACGGAGUAUGAUAAUGGAGGAGUUGGAGAGUGCUUUGGCUCAACAAGCCCCACCACCUGUACAAGAUGACCCGUCCCUUUAUGAGCUGCCACCACUGAUAAUAGAUGGUAUUCCUACACCCGUUGAGAAAAUGACCCAGGCACAACUCAGGGCUUUCAUACCUUUGAUGCUAAAGUACUCUACUGGCAGAGGAAAGCCUGGAUGGGGUCGUGAGAGUACUCGCCCACCUUGGUGGCCCAAGGAAUUACCAUGGGCCAACGUGCGAAUGGACGCACGAUCGGAAGACGACAAACAGAAGAUCUCUUGGACGCAUGCUUUGAGACAGAUUGUGAUAAAUUGCUACAAGUUUCAUGCACGAGAGGACCUGUUGCCUGCAUUUAGCGAAGAGGAUGAUAAGACGACAGUCUUAAUCCAGCAACAGACACCGCAUUCUUCCUCACAUCAGUCACAUUCUUCGAAUCAAGGCCAGGGCAGUCAGUCGGGUCAACAACAACAACAGACGGUGGGGAUUAUGACAGCGCAAUAUCCAACAGCAGUAUUGCAAACUAUAACAAAUCCUGAUGGGACAGUUUCAAUAAUCCAAGUUGAUCCCAGCAACCCAAUAAUUACGCUACCCGAUGGAACUACGGCCCAAGUUCAAGGGGUUGCUACGUUUGAUGAAACUCUUCAUUCUUUCCAGAUUCAUACGAGUCAAGGUGAGGUACAAACGUUAGCAGAAGUAACGGGUGGUGGAGAGGGAGGCAGUGUUUCUGUUGAUCUAAACAGUGUCACAGAGGCCACGUUGGGGCAAGAUGGCCAGAUUAUCCUGACAGGAGAAGAUGGACACGGCUAUCCGGUCUCCGUUUCUGGAGUAAUCACUGUACCAGUCUCAGCUAGCAUGUACCAGACAAUGGUGGCAAACAUCCAGAGUGACGGCACCAUGCAGGUCGUUACGCCAAUGGUCCAGGUACCUAAGGUAGAGCCUGGAAAUGGCGAGACCAGUAUCGAAGCCGUCACCAUCCAGGGUCAUCCAAUGACGAUGAUCAAUGCAGCUGGUGAACACCAGGUUCUCCAAGUGAUUUCGCUUAAGGACGCCAACGCUCUCACUAAGGCCAUGCAGGCUGAGGUAAUUAAGGACGAAGAUAGCCAGCAGCAACAGCAACAAGCCGCUUCUAGUCCGGAAUAAAUUCCCAAGAUCAUGUCGUAAGGCACGUGACAAGUGAUAAUAAUUCUGAAUUACGAACGUUUUUGGUUAUUAAAUCUCUUGUCGAAGCAGCCAGUGUUGUACAUUCUGAAUUUUUCAUGCUGUGGUGAUAGUGAACCGAACUACAGGGGAACUUGUUUCGUUACACAAAGUUGAAUAGUUCUGGCAAGUGAUAAGUUAAGUGCUUUUACGGAUUACCGAUUUCCAAUCCAUCCAAAUAACUCUUUAAAUUAUUUUCCACACAUUAGCUUUUCACUUUACAAACUAUAAAUACACCAUUUUUUAUGGGCUGCAAGAAACAGAAUAUAAUUGGUUUUUAUUCGGUGUAAGAAAAAAUGUCUGUAUUCCAACACCGAGAUACAUUUUUUGAUAAACUCGCCAUACAAAGAUAUAUUUUGGCUUAAUUCAGUAUUUAUUAUUAAUUAGACUUCAUUAUCUGACAAAGAAAAAAGCGAGUAAGUUUUCAGAGAACAUCUUUCAUUUCAAUGAAACUCUAAGUUGAGUUUACACUUGUGGUGUAAGCUCUUCUCUAUGUUUCUGUCUUCUCUCCGUUUGAUUUUCUAUUCUGUUUUUCUUUGAUAGGAAUUCGUUGUAAUUUAUGUAAUAAACUAUCAAAUGAAAUUGUCACUUAUCGCCUUACAAAGAACCAAUACAACGCACUAAAUGUAGUGGAAUUACACACCUUUUUACAAUUGACUGAUAAUUGAUUGCGGGUGCAUUAAUGAAAAUUGCACGCAUUUUCAACUUCAUCAACUUCUGAUUCAUACAAGAAUAUGUUCAACAUAACUGAUCAUCGAUCUGUCUACUUGUAACGUGCCAUGUAAAUAUACUUAAGUGUAAAAGAAAAAUACUCCUGUAGCGACAGAAAAUUGAAUCGUUGGGUGUGUAACGGUACACAGUUAUAAGCGGGUAAAUACUUUUUAAACAUUAUAUCUUGAAAACGUGUUGAUAGUGUUAACACAGAGUGAGUCUUAUAUUAGUAUACUGAUGUAGUUAGAUGUGAAUUAGUCAAUUGUACAAACGUAUGACCCGGAAGAAAAAAAGUUUGCUCGUUUUAUCGUCUUCUGACGCUUUAUUCUAAUACCUGAUUUUUUAAUGUAAGAAAAUUAUGACGAAAGAAAAAAAAAUAGUAGCAAACGAAACCAAACAACUUGAAUAUAAUAAAACGGUGAAAUCAUAUAUUAUGAAAACGCACACGUGUCCGGUGUACCGAUACCAAAAAAAAAAAAAUAACAAAAAAAACUAAAGAAAAAUGAAAUGUUUUUUAUAUAAUAAUAUUAAAAGAAAAGUGUAGUUUUACGUUAUAAGUAAUACGAUAAUGGUCGAUAGGACAGAGAGUAACAAUUAUUAAAAUUCAUUGUGAACUAUUUUCAAAACAUGGCCACGAAAAAUUCAUUAUUAUUGUAUUUACUUUAUUAUUAUUACUGUAUGUUAAAAUAUCUAAAAGAUAUUUUAUAUCUAAGUACCAUAUGGCUUAUAUUUCAUUUGUUAUACAAAAUUCAUGAAAGACUUAGUUAAAUAAGAUGGUUGUCAUUUGAAGAAACAAAAUCUAUAUCAACGUUUUACAGAUAGAUUUACCAAGUAGAGUUAUAGAUGUAUAUGCAUUAAUGCCGUGUAUGAUGUAACGUGAUCUGUAAAUAUGUCGUCGUUGUGUUGUAUCUUUGCUUUAUUUACUUUUCACCUAAAAAGUAAAUCAAGUCGUUAUGAACCUAAUUAAAAUCUAAGCCACUACAACACAUAAGUAAUAUUAAAAAUUUAAACAUAGUGA